AUGACGCUUUUGGCCGUCACUUCUUUUGAGGAAAUGCAAUGUCUCGGCAGUUUGAAAGAUGGAACCUUUUGGACGAGCGGCUCGAAUGAAGAUCCGAAAUGCGACGAGGAAAAGAAGUACGCGUGGUGCUCGACUGGUUUCAAUAUUUCGGACAGUCUCAUUUCUUCGGAUAAAUUUUGGUUGCCUCCCACCGUUGCUCCUCCCACCUUGGAACGCUGUCUGGCCGUCGUUUUAUCCAGCACCCCUCAAAAGGGGAUGGUGCACAAGAAAUGCGACGAGGCCCUGCCCUUUAUUUGUCAACACCCCGUCGAUUGUCCCAAGGAUUGCUUUAAAAAUAUGAAUUUUUUGGAUAAUUAUCGGCAGUGCUGUGCAUUGGGAAUGGAGACCCUGAACCUGGACACGGCGGCGGAGCAACUAGGCCUCACAAACAUGUCGCUCGGUUUCAAAAAUGACUGGAAGGCGAAUUUUAACUAUUGGACUUCAGGCACGUGGAGAGGUUCUCCGGAGGGCCAUUUUUCAUGGUGCGAGCCGUUCGGGCCCGCUAUUUUCCCCCCAAAUCUCACCUGGCAGCGCGGACAGCCUGACAACAUGGGUGGAAACGAAAGCUGCGUCCACUUCCGCUUCGUUUUAAACUCCACAGGAACUAUUUUGACCGAUAGAAGUUGUGACAACAAGUUCAUAUUCGCAUGCAAGGGUAACUGGACAACCGCCACUCGCCAGUGCUGCAAUAUCGGAAUGAACCUUGCGUCGAUCGAAUCCGCUGGAAAAUUGGGUUGCUUUUCCAAAAUCGUAGAAAAAUUCGGCACGGAGUCUUACGGUGACUUCUGGCUGUCCGGCACCGACCUGGGGUGUCCUUCAGACUUCUGGUGGUGCUCCCUGAACAGGGGAUUUGUCAAUUCUGAACUGGAGUGGAAGGCAGGACACCCGAAAUCAGGCUGCGUUUAUCUCGAAUCGAGGAAUGGAUCCGUUCUGUUGGCCUCUGCCGAUUGCACAGAGAAGAAAAAGUAUUUGUGCGAAGCCAGGAAAAAGGCAACGGUCCAAAAGGGAACUCAGGGCGAGUGCGCGGAAAUCUGGAACAUCACCACUAAGGAAAUCGACCUCUUAAUGAACGCUGCCUCUUUUGUCUCACCAACCACCACCAUCUCUUUAGAUCUGAAAGUAUGUACUAAAACAAACCUUUUGGUCAAUUAA